AAUUAAAAAAUUAAAAAAAAAAUCUAAACUCUCCUUUUAAUUCGCUGUUUCUCCACUCCACUCCACUCAAGACAAACCCCACUGUUUUUCGCGCUCGGUUCAUCUUCCCCACUCUUCUCUCUUCCAGGGUUUGAAAAAAUGGUGACGAAGGACAAAGUGAAAACCGAAGAUCCUGCUGUUGAAUCUCCCACUUCGGUCCUAGAAGAUGAGGAUGCCUGUGGCAAGGAAGGGGAAGUUAAGUUGGAAGAAGAGGUGAUUGUGGAUGUUAAAGAUGAUGGAUCCUCCCUUUUGCCGGAAUCAAUUGCGGAGGAGGAAGAGAAGUUGCUCAAAGCUCGGAUUCAGGAAGAUGAAGUGAAGUGUGAGGAGGCACCGGACCUCAAUGAGACACAGUUUGACAAAUUGGAUGAGCUUUUAACGCAAACCAAGCUGUACUCUGAGUUUCUUCUGGAGAAAAUGGAUGACAUCACGCUUAAUGGGGGCGAUAAAGAGAAUGACGCUGAGGCUGAGGAGGAGAGUAAUCCAGCGGUGAAGAAGAAGGGUCGCGGAGGAAAACGAAAAGCAGCUUCACAAUGCAAUACAAGGAAGGCCAAAAGGGCAGUUGCUGCCAUGCUUACAAGAUCUAAAGAAAGUGAGCAGACUGAAGAUAUGAACUUGACUGCGGAAGAAAGAGUUGAGAAAGAGCAGAAGGAGCUUAUCCCUUUUCUCACAGGUGGAAAAUUGAAGUCUUACCAACUAAAGGGUGUAAAGUGGUUGAUCUCCCUUUGGCAAAAUGGUUUGAAUGGAAUUCUUGCGGAUCAAAUGGGUCUUGGGAAGACAAUUCAGACAAUUGGGUUUCUUGCACAUCUGAAAGGCAAUGGUCUGGAUGGGCCAUAUAUGAUAAUUGCUCCUCUAUCAACACUCUCAAAUUGGGUGAAUGAGAUUUCUAGGUUUGCACCAUCGCUCCCAGCUGUUAUCUACCAUGGUGACAAGAAACAGAGAGAUGAAAUCCGAAGGAAACAUAUGCCUAGAACAAUUGGCCCAGAAUUUCCCAUAGUAAUUACUUCUUAUGAGGUUGCUUUAAAUGAUGCCAAGAAACAUCUCAGAGCAUACCAUUGGAAAUAUCUUGUUGUUGAUGAGGGACACAGGCUCAAAAAUUCAAAAUGCUUAUUAGUGAAGGCGUUGAAAUGCAUGACUGUAGAAAAUAAGCUUCUUCUUACUGGGACACCUCUUCAGAAUAACUUGGCAGAGCUAUGGUCGUUGUUGAACUUCAUUUUACCUGAUAUCUUCUCAUCCCUUGAAGAAUUUGAGUCAUGGUUUAAUCUGUCAGGCAAGUGCAGUAAUGGAGCAACCAAGGAAGAACUGGAAGAGAAAAGAAGAGCCCAAGUAGUAGCAAAGCUUCAUGCAAUUCUUCGGCCCUUUCUCUUGCGUAGGAUGAAGGCUGAUGUUGAGCUGAUGUUGCCACGGAAAAAGGAGAUAAUUAUCUAUGCAAGCAUGACUGAAAAUCAGAAAAGCUUGCAGGAUCAUUUAAUUAACAAGACAUUGGGGAAAUAUUUAGAAGACAAAAUGUCAAUUGGACGUGUUGGGGCAAAGCUUAAUAAUUUGGUCAUUCAACUUAGAAAGGUCUGCAACCAUCCAGACCUCGUAGAUUCAGCCUUUGAUGGCUCACAUUUUUAUCCUCCUGUAAAUGAGAUAGUUGAACAAUGUGGAAAAUUCCAUUUGCUUGACCGAUUGUUGCAGCGGCUGUUUGCUCGCAAUCACAAAGUUCUGAUCUUCAGUCAGUGGACUAAGGUGUUAGAUAUAAUGGACUAUUAUUUCAGUGAAAAGGGCUUUGAAGUUUGCAGGAUUGAUGGGAGUGUCAAACUAGAGGAAAGGAAACGACAGAUCCAGGAGUUCAAUGAUGUAAACAGCAAUUGCAGAAUCUUUCUUCUUUCAACUAGGGCUGGUGGAUUGGGAAUUAAUCUCACUGCGGCUGACACUUGCAUUCUUUAUGACAGCGAUUGGAAUCCUCAAAUGGAUUUACAGGCCAUGGAUAGAUGCCAUAGAAUAGGUCAAACAAAGCCUGUUCAUGUUUACAGGCUUGCAACUGCUCAAUCUGUAGAGGGUCGCAUGUUAAAAAGAGCUUUUAGCAAGUUGAAGCUUGAGCAUGUGGUUAUUGAGAAAGGACAGUUUCAUCAAGAACGUUCAAAGCCUGUCAAUGUGAAUGAAAUGGAGGAGGAUGAUGUUUUGGCAUUGCUUCGAAAUGAAGAAACAGCGGAAGAUAAAAUGAUACAAACCGAUAUUAGUGAUGAAGACUUGGAGAAGCUCUUGGACCGCAGUGAUCUUGUUAUCAAUAGCUCAAAUGAUGAUGAAAACUUCAAAGCACCAGGAAUCUCAUUUCCCUUGAAAGGGCCUGGGUGGGAGGUGGUGAUUCCAACUGCGAGUGGGGGCAUGCUUUCUACCCUUAACAGUUGAUUUCUGGUUUGUACAAUAGAACUAUUUGUGGCUACUAAAACUUCUUUUUUUAUGAAAGGGCUAUAUAUGAGAUGCUCUCGUCCAAUGAUGUGAUGGGGUGAGCAUCCAAUUUUUUGUAAAUGCUUCUAAUGGAACUAGAUGUAGGAAGGAAGCUAUUUUCUGGUCAUGUUUUUUGCGAGUUGAAAUCCAUCACUUAACUUGUUUUGGACUUAUUUUAAUGAGUUGAAUCAGCUAGGGUUAGGAUCA